AUGAACAUCGUGCCCCAUCCCGACCAGUUGCGGGACAUGUGUCCGAUCUGCAAAACAGACAAGUACCUCUCCCCCAGUAUGAGGUUUCUUGUCAACCCCGAGUGCUAUCACAAGAUCUGCGAGUCAUGCGUCGAUAGGAUCUUUUCACUAGGCCCGGCCCCAUGCCCGUAUCCGAAAUGCGGAAAAAUCUUGCGAAAGAACAGAUUCAAGCAGCAGAUCUUUGAGGACUUGGUUAUUGAAAAGGAGAUCGACGUGCGGCGAAGAGUCGGUGCCAUCUACAACAAAACCGAGGAGGACUUUGCCAGCUUGAAAGAGUACAAUCAGUACUUGGAACAGGUGGAGGAAAUAGUGUUCAAAUUGAGCAACGGGGUUGACCUUGAGGCGACGGAGCAGGAGGUCAGAGAGUACGAGAGCGAGCACAAGCUAGAGAUUCUCGAAAAGAACAUGCGCGAGUCGCAAAAGACAGCCGACUUGGCCAAGUACCAGGAUGCCAUGGAACGGUUGAAGCAGGAGAAGCUCAAGAUUCAGAAACGGAUGGAGCAGGAGGAUGUGGAGUUUAAGAUCCUCCAGCAGCAGGAGCUUUUGGAGAAGAUGACCAACAGCUCAAUGAGCAGCGAAGAGUUGCUUCAGCAGCAGCAGCGGCAGUUGAACAAGCGCACGCUGCAGAGGAAGAAACAGUUGCAGCAGAUAAACAGCCAGUUGGACCAGCAGUUUAGCAGUAGUGUACCCGAGAGCCGCCUGGCGGUGGCAGUUGCACCGUUUACGCCGUUCGACGGAGACAGAGAUUUGACUUUGAGGUAUCGUCUAUUGAGCCAAACUGUUGACCCCAAGGAUAGCUACCACGACCCGUAUCUAUUCGAGUUGGCAAAGAAAAAGGAGUAUCUAGGGGGCGGCUGGAGGUUGGCUAAUGUUUUUGAGAGAGCACUAGACGAGGCAUUCUGCGGGCUAGGGUGUUUUGUGGAAGGGGAGAAACUAAGCAUUAGCUAA